GCCAUCAACCAGAAAAACAUUUCACGACCAUGUUCCUAUCGUUGUAGCUGUCCGUGUCCUAAUGUAAAUUCACUUUCACACUCGUCGGUACAGAGGAGACAUCCGCCAGAAACUCACAGCGUCAUUUACCAUGAGAUUACAGGAAACCCCAAUCUAUGUACACGGCACUGAGAGUAGUGGCAACAGCACUUCCCUUCCCCCUCCACGCAAUCGCCAGAAACGCGCAUCCCAUGACCCAUUCGAUCCUGAGCUUCACUACGGCGAAGGCGACGAUGGUGCCUUAUAUAACCUUUUUGCGACAUGGCCAGAGAACUACUUUAGUAGCCUUCCCAGACCACAUGGCAACCGCGGUAUUGACGAACCGUGGUGGAAACUGCGGCAGACGCAAAUAUUCCUAGACGACUGUUUCCGCGGCCGCGGCGAGCGGCGAUUAUUCGUCUUAGCAAUUCCAGACCCUGACAAGCUUGAAAGAGAGCGCCUGCGCGAGCAGUUGAAGUCAGAGGACGCCAGCGGCUACGCGAGAAGCAUGGUUCGCUUUAAGUCUGCGUUGAAGUUUGCCCGAGAGCAAGCAAAGUCCGAUACCCCACUAGCUCUCGAGUUGGCCAAGCAUUGCCAGAGCUUUGGCCCACGGCGAGUAGGAGAUCAAUGACGACGAGGAGCUGGAGCCUCCGUCGAAAUACAAACGCCGAAGCUCCCGUAAACGGACUGCCACUUCGAUGCCGGCGGCCGCGUUAAGUUUGGGUAGCAAGGCAAACUGCGAAGAUUGUAUCAAUGUGCGAGUGUAACUAGUUUAUAGAAGCGUUUAGGAGGCAAUGCAGAGCAUCGUCUAUAAUACUGAAAGAGGCGGGCAUUUCGUCA